AUGCCUGAGUUAUAUGCUAAGUUUGAAAUGGUCAAUUUGACCGGACUUGUGGCCUGCUCCACGGUGACCGUGACCAAGUGCCAGGCGGCACUGCGCACCCUGCAGGCGUUCCCGUUCUUCAAGCCGACGUGUCUCUGCAAAGAGCCGCACGUCGACCGGGAAUGUAAUAAGUUUCGAGACUUUCUGUUCGAUCAUCCGUGUUUGUUUGUACUCAAGAAAGAGAAAGAUCCAUAUCCAGUGGACGCUCUUCCAACAUGCAACCACGCUUUGUCCGUCUGCCAACUCGAGAAAAAGUGCAUACGACUUUUCGAAGAUUUUAAAGGCAGCUGCAAAGUUCGUGACAAUAGAUGCCGUAUGGAAGACAGGUGGGAUGAAGUGGGACGAAGUUCUUAA